AUGGGUUGUUCUGGAUCAAAAGAAAACGUCUUAGAUAGACCAGGUGUUGCAGGCACUGGAAAACUUACAGUUUGGGGAGAUCACUUCAGUUCUGAAACAAGAACCAUCUUGGCUAUCCUCAAGUUCGCUGGAGUUCCUCACAGUCUUGAACUUGUUGAUUAAUUCAAUGGUGAUUUAAAGAAGCAGUCCUACUUAUCCUAAAAUCCAUCAGGCUAAAUCCCAAUGAUUACAGAGGGAAAUUUCAGAAUUCUCGGUGGUUCUAACAUCUUCCUUAUCUAUCUCUGCAACAGCCAAUAAAGAAUCAAGGAUAAACUUUUCCAACAAGAAACUAGACCAGAAAUCGAAAAGCAUUUAGCAUGGUUCUAGUCAAGAAUGAAGCCAAACUCUACUAGACUCAUUAAGAUGAUUGUUAAUCCAAAGGCAUUCGGUGAUAAGCCCCCUGCUCCAAAUGAUUACAACAGAGAUCUUGACGAAUUCUUCAAGAAACUUCUCCCAAUCCUUAACAAUCAACUUGAGGGCAAAAGCUUCUUCUGCGGUCAAGAUAUCACAAUUGCUGAUAUGCAAUACUAUUGUGAGAUCAGCACAAUUUUGAAUUUGACUAAGAAGGAAUUGUCAGAAACCGAAUUCCCUCAUCUAAGCAGAUGGUACAACGAUAGAUGCAGUCAAAUCCAAGAGAUCGUUGAGACUGAUAAUAACCUUAAGCAAAUCAUUAGCAAAUACAAUUUAUCUUGA